GUAAAGAACCAUGAAGUCUGGUUUGAGCAGAGUCGAGUCGGCGAGCUGUGCCCUACGGGAAGCUCUGGAACAUGUUGGAAAAGGCUUCUGGAAAAGAGAGUGAAGGGCGCGAGAAGGGCUGCUUCCCGCCUGCCGCCGCCGUCGAGACUCAGGCUGAGGCUGGGGAGAACGGUGAAGCCCGGCCCAGGCCGUUCCCCUGUCCCCGGGGCUGGAGCAUCGCCCGGGAGGACUGGCCGAAGGCGAGCCCCGAAGCCCAAGCGCGCGGCGCACACGCGCGCCCCCGGCCACCGCCAUCCUCCCCUCCCUCCCCUUCCUUUCCCUCCCCUCCCCUCUCCUCCGCCCCCAGCCUCCGCUGCGGCGGGAGGAAGAACCCUUUCCGACCAGCCAGGAGAGUCCAGAUCGAUUCCCAUUCGGGCAGAAAGAAGAGACCCCGCACUCGGAUCCGACCGACCGCUCUCCCCGGGGCCACGGAAGUAGCUCGCAGUCCAACGGAGAGCCCGCGCCCAGCGCAGCCCUCCGACCCUCGCCCAGCCGCAGCCGCAUAG